UAUCCCGUAAUAAAACUUAAUCAUAAAUAAAUGCACACUUAACAUAAUAUUAAAUUUUUAUUAAUUGCCAGUGAUCCUUUAAAAUGCAAAUAUACUGAGUGUCGGGAAGUGAUUUAAUUAUAUUAACCCCAUUUAGUGACCUCUAGUGACAAGUAAGAAGCCUAGUGUUCUUUGGAUUUUGUAUCUCUAAUCUAUGGUAUCUCGUCUGUACGGUAUCAAAAACUAAUAAUGGAAAACGACGCAAAAGAAUUCGUUGACUUGUACUGCCCCAGGAAGUGUUCGGCAAGUAACAGAAUAAUUCACGCAAAGGACCAUGCAUCCAUUCAAAUUAGUUUUGCUGACGUUGAUCCCGCCACUGGGAGGAUGACAGAAACCACAAGAAGUUAUGCCCUAUGUGGGGCAAUCAGAAGAAUGGGUGAAUCUGAUGAUUGUCUUGUUAGGCUGACUAAAAAAGAUAGUCUUCUUGCUAAGAAUUUUUAGGAUGAAGUAAGUUGUAAUAAAUAAAAUAAU